AGGUUUUCUUUUUUUAUAAGACCGAAAAGGGAGUAAAGAGCCUUGUCAGCCGCCCGCCGCUGCACAAUAAAACACUUUACAGUGGUGGGGGGUGGCGUGUCACCUGUGGUCCACUGGGUCCCCUGACCGGCGGUUUACUCGUGCGUGACCCCUCUGAUUGGCUGUGCAGGGAGACCAGGUGGUUUGUAUCAGGAAGUAGAUAACCAUAACAUGCUUAUUUACGUAGGCUAUAGGAGGGACUUCCUCUUUGGCAACCGAGUCAUGUGAGCCCAUUGAUGUGCGUACGGCAGUGUGUGUGUUUGUGUUUCACUACCUUUCACACUAUGUUAACAGUUACCGAAAAGGCAAAGUGCAUGUGAAACACUUCAAUUUGAUGUAGCUAGUUCAUAUAAGAUGGCACGACAACAUGGCUUUGAGUAAUGCGACAAUGGAGAUCACUGAGUUGGACUAUAGGUGUCUGUUGGUUGGAUUACAGAUGUCAACAGUUCCUUGUAGAAGAACAACCUGAUGCUGAAGUUUUGUGCGGGCUUCUCGGUUGAUCAACACUUGCAUUGUUGACCAUUUGACUUGGGUUUAUAGUAAUCGCCAUGGCAAUCAGUGUAGCCCGUCUCCGGAGCAUUGUAACUGUCGAGCCGGUUAUUCUGCUCUACAUGACUGCCUUGUUUCUAGUGACCCCUGCCUAUCAACAACUGAUCAUCAGUAAGAUCUGCAGUGAGCAGUACGGGCCGGCCAGCGCAGAGUGCAAGGACCUGGCGGCCUACCCUGAGGCACAUCAGUCGGUGCAGCGCUCGUCCUCCAUGGUGAUCCUGCUCUACACCUCCGUGCUCUCCGUGCUCUCCAUCCCCCCGGCCAUGCUGCUGGGCUCCUGGUCGGACCAGAGGCAGCGCUCCGACGGAGGUUUUCGGGGCAGCAGGCGCAGUUUGGUUCUGCUAUUGCCCUGUAUCCUUUCCCUGGCCAGCGGAGGCCUGCUCAUCGCCAUAGCGAUGGUGGACCAGUUGGGGGUACUCUGGAUGCUGAUGGCGGCCGGCUUGGUCGGACUUUCGGGAGGUACAAGUUCCCUGUUCUUAAGUUCUUUCAGUUAUCUCGCAGAUCUCACAGCCAGUAAUGAAGGAGUGAACAGGACUCUGCGUAUGGCCGUGGCCGAGGCCAUGGUUUUUGUGGGUGGCACCAUUGGCUUCUUGCUAGGUGGAUAUCUGGAGGAGCAAGAUUGGGGGAUGGUAAUAGCCUUCUCUUCCUUCUGCGGUUGUCAACUUCUCUCCAUUGUAUACAUCCUCGUCUGGUUACGCGACCCCAUCAUACCAGCCCGACUUACAUCCUCAUAUGGGUCUAUUAACCCUAGCAGCGAGGAUGACGCCACCCCCAGCAUCCUGUCACAUGCCAGAAGGUCUCUGGCGGUGGUGUUCAAGGAGAGGCCUGAUCGGGGAAGGUUCAAGCUGCUGCUAUUGAUCGUCUGUACAUUCAUUAACAAUCUGGUAGCUGUCGGUGAGACCACAAUCUCCCUGCUUUAUCUUUCGUAUGAGCCGAGAAAUUUUUCUACACAACUCUAUGGGAUCUUCCAUUCAAUCAGGAUGCUGUUGCUGGGUGCUGUAUUGCUGUUGGUGUUUCCUCUGUUACUGAAGCGGGUUUCGGAGCAGACUCUGGCAAAGGUCAGCGCCCUGUUCCGCUCGGCCGCCCUGUUCCUCAUGGCGUUCUCCACCAACACGUGGAUGGUCUUCCUAGUGUGUGUCAUUGGGGCUCCAUCAGGAAUAGGCCAGGCAGUUGUGAGGUCACUUUCUUCUGCUAUCGUGGAAGAGCAUGAACAAGGUGCCAUGUUCUCAUUUUCAGCGUCUGUGGAGGCCCUGUGUAUUCUCUUGGCCGGUCUGUUGUUUAACGGCCUCUACCCCCUCACCUUGGCGACCGUGGCUGGGAUGCCCUUCGUCGUCAUGGCGACGCUCAUGCUGGUCGUCUUCAUCCUCAUGCAGUGGAUCAGUGAGAGCCCUGCUACACACCCUCGCCUCUUGCUGUCGGACUGACGGAUAGACAGGUACAACAUCCUGUCUGGGAUCGCAUCUUGCUGAAAUAAUCCUAUUUCUAGAAAAAGAUAAGGAUUUAUAGUUCAAUUAUUGCAGUUUUUAUGAUAAUAGUACCAUGAUGAAUCGUUUUGUGAACCUAAAAGUUGAUUGGAUUGAAACAGAUUAUUAGAUGGGGAAGGGGUUCAAACCUGCACUAUCUAACUUUUGUACUGCAGCUAUUUAAUCCAUUAAAAAACUGAUAGUUUCUCAAGAAUAAAAUAGACCCAUCCAUGGGGCAAUCCAUCCUGGGAAUUUUCCUCUAUAAAUGGUUUUAUUCUGGUCCACUUUCAAAUGAUAAGGCACAAGUGUGAUUAAAACACCCAACAAUGGUGAGGUUUAAGCUCAAUCAAUUGCUGUGAGAAACGAAAUAUGCCAUAAUAAUAUUGGCUACUAUCAUAUUUGUAUUGUUUCAAUGUUGUCAACAUACUAGGGCCCGACCGAUAUUGAUUUUUGAGUGCCGAUGCCGAUUAUUUUCAGAGAAAAAUUACGAAUACGAUUAAAAACAAAACAAAAAAAAGCCUAUAAAACGUAGUUUUUGAUACCAUAAAUAUACUUUGAACACUUUUGACGAAUAUGUGAAUUGAAUGCAGAACCUUUGAGUGUUUUAGAAUACAUUUACGAUUAAAAAUGAGUGUAAUGUAAAAUGUAAAAUAAAUAACUAACUCCCAAUGUGCUGCGCUCGUGAGCAGUGACUAACACGUGCGUGCUGAGCAGUAUGGUCUCACCGUUAGAGUCUACAGUAUAACAAAUUAACAUGGCCUGGGACCUAAAGAAAAACAGGCACAACAUGCUCAAACAACGCGUCUUGUGUACAUUGGUGAGGUGAGCGCGCAGCUGCCUGAGCGAGCGUGCUUUCAUGUUGUACGGUAAAAUUCAAUCUCCUCUUUUUUACUCCAGCUAAAGUUGUUAGUUAGCAAGGUGAGUAGGAGCGCAAUCUGCAGAAUACUAAGCGCAAUAACAAAAAAAUAAUAAUCGGUUGUUAUCUGCGUCUUUUUGGCAGAUGUUGAUUAUUUUCAAAAAGGCUAUAAUCGGCCGAUUAAAUCGGCUGGCCGAUGAAUCGGUCGGGCCCUAAAACAUACACUGUUUUCGAUAUGUUUUAUAUUAUAUAUGAAUAAAAAUAACUAAACAUAUGUACACUAUAUAUGAACUAUUGACAGAAACUGCCACACACACAUGUCAUACAUCCAUACGACUAUGGAAUGCCAAAUGUGCCAAUAUUAAAUAUAUAAUUAAUAAAAACAUGGAAUGCAAUAAUUAAUACAUUUUAACAUGAAAUAAACACUUAAACAAGAUAUGCACAUUUUUAUUGUCUUAUUCCAGCUGUACUAUUUUCUGUGCAUUUAUUUAUUCCCACAUGUUCUUCAUUAUUUCACCUUUACUUCACAGUUUAUUUCAUGACCUGGCCAUAAAUAAAUAGUCUUGUGUGCGCCAUGAGAUAAAUAGAUGUGUCAAAGCCCCUAAAAUUGUGUCUUUGAGGAGAUUUUGGGUCGCUAACUGGCAGUGCACCCGCAGAGUUUCAACCGCCCACAUUUUUACUUAAGGCGAUUUACUGAGAAAUCUGUGGUGCUCAGACUGCUGUCUCUGCCAUCCAAUGGAUUGUGAGUGCUGCGAAUAAAGUCGUACUCUGUGAAGAGUUAAAGAGUUUCUGAGACUACCUGUUCGGGAGCUGAGCUCAGCGACUGAAUUCUGGACUUUGUGACAGGCAGACCCAUUUACUACUUGUGAGCUUCUAGCAGUAAUAAUGCAACAAACAUCCUCAUCCACAAGUCUGCUACUUUAGCCAUCACCUUUAGUUUUAUUGUCCAGAAAGCAUUAAAUCCAGGGCAAGGGUUAGUAAAUACAUGCGAAAGCGCAGCUCGAAAUAUGCAGCAGAUAUAAUAACCUUGUGGUCUGCCCUGAAACAGAGCGACAGAAGAAAACAGCAGAAGAGAAAUUAUUUUGAAACUAAAGAACCACAAAAUAAGAGUCCCCUCCUCCUCUGCUCCCUCCCACCUGCCUGUAUCUAUGCCAUUGAGAAAUGUUGCACCUGUGAUUGACAGGCAAGAUGGAUUCCCUUAUCCAAUCAGUGAACUCGAAAUACUCUUAAAUAUUCUCACAGUACGUUUCACUUACUGGCUGACGGGUGGCUGUGCCAUUUCUAACAAAUGACACUCCAAUAAUAGCUCUCAAUUCUCACCAACAGCGCCUUUAAGGGGCUGUCAGAAGCCACCACAGUAACCCAUGACCCCAUGGGAAAGUACAAGGUACCUGUUGGAAGUUGUUAAAUACUUCUGAUGUCAAGCCGACAUAGAUUGUAGUCACAACAACUUUGGUCUGAGUCGUCAGUGCCUGAACAACUCACCAAAAUGUAGUCUGAGAUGAGUCACAGUUACGUGACUCAUCAGUUGAAAUUCAAAUAAAUGCCUUUAUAACAUUUAUUUAUUAUGUUACAUUUAUAAUGAUUCUCAUUCUAUUUUACAGUUUUUGAAAUAAAAAAAGUAUAAAAGAAAGCCUCACUAUAACGCAUCAUGAUAUAUGUAGGCUGCCAACCACUGUUCAAGUUAUUAUGGAUAUAAAACAUUCAAACCAUGCUAUUUAGCACUUCAACCCUGCAGCUUUAUAACAACAAAUUGCUGAACGCAUUCCAGUGCACAAGCACGUCGUCUCAUAGGAAAUAGGGGUGACAGUCGACACAGUGGGUUCUAAACAUUUAUCGGGUCCCCGUAGGACAGUCGUCUCCAACGUGACCCCAUUUCUUUUUUAAAUACUUGUGUCUGCUUCCACACACACAUUGCGUUAACCCUGCUAGCGUCACAUCACUAGCAGUAGUUUGCAAGUGGGGACAAAUCAUAAGCACGGUCUGUUUGUGGACACACAAAAAGCUUUUACAAGACCUUCCAGACCUGAUCUUCCUGUUAGUUGCCAUCACAUAUCUAUAGCUAAUAAGUCAGAAAUCUCCCAUGGCCGUUCAUAUCCAGCUACCCAAACUUGGUGGUCCUCACCCCAUGUGUGUGCGAACCUCUGCACAAUUGCUUCCCAAGACAGGGAAGCCAUCCAGAGGGUUACGGGAACAACUGUGAUCAAUCCAUCUUUUCUAUCUAAUGUGCAAACAGCACACAAUGUUCUUUCCCUGGUUGCAUGGCUGUCGAUUCACUGGGAUAUCAUAAAAAAAAGGACCACCAGGUUAAACAGACUCAGUAUAUCCACAGGCUGUGGCAAUGUGAACUGUUAUCACAUUGAUUCAGCCCACUACUACCCAAAGGGAGUAACAUACAGAAUGCUUGAUCCCAUCAAUGAUGAAACUUAAAAAAAAACAGCGGUAGCUUCUAUACCCCCACGACGGUAGACUACCACUCCGGACUGCACAAGUGGGCCUUAAACGCACAAUCUAUACUUGUUUAUCAUGUUAUCUUGCUUACAGUUGCAAUAUUUGUAUUGAUGGAGGUAACGGGAUGCAAUCCUUGUACUUGUUGCGUAAGGAGAAACAGAACUGUAUCUGCCGUUGGUAAACAAAAGGUUCUGUUUACAUUUUGGUCAGAUUAGAAGUGUUAUGUUGGGGGGGAAAUGGACAAACACUGUAUUCCGUAAAAAGCACAGAUUGAGCCAAUGCAUAUAUAGGUAUUGUGAUGGUGAGCACUAGCUUACAUAGCGUGCCAACUUGUCAACCUUAAUUGUUACACAUCAAUAUCCAGGAGACAGAGCUAGAUAGAGCAAGGUCUGACAAUGUUAUUAUCCAUGACAAAAUAUGUAAAUAUAUGGCAUCUAUAUGUAAAUACAUGAAAAAAACGAAAGGGGAACUUGCAUCUCCCUUAAAAUGAUUUUUCUCUGCAAGCGAUAUAAUUAGCUCGCCAUUAGGUCUGGUUUUGUACACAAAGAGUGCUCAUUAUUGUAGCAUGCCUCCCAUGAUGCAUUGUGCUGCCCAUGAUAAAAGCCAUGGAAAUUGCAGUUGGAGAGCAGACUAAUUCAAACAGCUUCUUUUAGCCGGCCCUGUGGUCUUCAUUUGCUGCUCUGUCUCAUCUACAAUUAAAGCAGUUGUUCGUCAGAAUGUUUUAUCUGGGAUCUAAAAAAUAAAAUAAAACCCAACCAUAAUCGAUAAAUCUAAAUAUAUUAUAAGACUUUCGCAUGCAUGUUUUUUAACAUUUAAAUUCACAUUUGAGAUUAUUAGAAAUACAUUUGCUCUUGUCCUGACUGAUAUGAAAUACUUCAUUAGUCUUCAAUGAACUGAGCGAGCUCCUGGACAUCAUGACUUGGACUUUGAAGAGGUUGAUACAAAGUCAGAAGACCGCAGGGGUAGUCUUUCAACUAUGUUUUACACUGACAGGGCCUUCGUUGAUACCACCCUGUUAAGGCUUUUUAUUAUCACUACUUUGAGAAAUUGUAAUUUAUUCUGCCUUGAAGGCAACUGUAUCUCCAAGUCAAGUAUAAAUUAAAUUUGUGAGUUGUAUUAUACUUUCAGAUAUACAGUCCUAGUGGGAAUUAGGCUAAUUCUAGUGCCAAAUAUUAGGAUGCUGGGAUAGAAUGUUAAUGUGAUAUGGCCACUUGCUGUAUGGGGUUUAUCUGAUACCUCUUCAAGGGAACCCCAUAAUGUUAUUUUUAGCAUAUACUGUAUAUGUGUGUGUGUGACACACACACACACACACACACACACACACACACACACACACACACACACACACACACACACACAC